AGCACAAUGGAAUAGGGAACGAAAAAAAAAGUGUUUUGUGGUGACCCUAUCACAAUGUCUAUUCAAAGCCACGAUAGACUACAAGACAGUAGUACUGCAAGCGAGGAUUCCCCUUUAUUGACAAAAGAGGUCAUUAUUAUUAGUGAACCCAGAAGAGGUUCAUCAUGGUUUUCCUCAGUAUUUCUGGUCGUAAAUGCUGCCCUUGGAGCUGGACUUCUGAACUUUCCAGAUGCUUAUCAACAAGCGGGUGGGGUUCUCAUUGCAGUACUCAUUCAGGCUAUUUUGCUGGUGUUUGUGGUGUGUGCCAUCAUGAUCCUAGCGUACUGCUCUGAUAUCAACAAGAGUCUCACCUACCAAGAUGUGGUCGAAUCCGUCUGUGGAAAGAAUGCCCAGAGGCUGUGUGCAUUUACAAUCAUGACUUACUGUUUUGGAACUUGCAUAACAUUUCUGAUCAUCAUUGGGGACCAGUGGGAGGAGUUCUUCUUGUUUGCGGCCCAUAACUGGUACUGCACGCACAAUCCUUGGUACAUGGACCGCAUCACAACAAUUUGUGUAUCCUCAGUGUUCCUCAUACUCCCGUUGUGUUUCCCAAAGAGAAUUGACUUUCUGAAAUAUGCUAGCUUUAUUGGAGUGUUGGGUAUACUCUAUGUAGUAGCUCUAGUCACAGUCAAGUAUUUGCUGCCUCAUCCAGAACCAGGGGCUAUUGCAGUCAGACCUCUUCAAUGGGAGGAUGUUUUUCUGGUCGUUCCAACCAUUUGCUUUUCCUAUCAGUGCCAUGUCAGCAUCAUUCCAAUCUAUUCAUGCAUGGAGAAUCGAUGCCUUAAAGAAUUCUCUAAGACUGUGGCAGUGGCCAUGUUUCUGUGUGUCCUAAACUACACAGGGACGGCAGCUUUUGGAUAUCUUACUUUCGGCAAUAUGAUCACUACGGAUAUUUUAUUGUCAUACGAUCCGGAUGGAUGGGUUAUCGUAGCAGUUUUGUUGAUUGCCAUUAAGACAUACACAACGUAUCCUAUUCUUCUCUUCUGUGGAAGAGCUGCUCUUGACUGUCUAUGGACAGACAUUUUCAAGAUGAGCCCCGACAGAAUUGAACAGACUGAGUUCAAGCGCCGAGUGUCUGUCACCAUUAUCUGGUUUGUUCUUACGCUGGCUCUGGCAGUAUUUAUACCAAACAUUGGCGUUGUAAUACAGAUUCUAGGAGCGUUUGCUGCCAUCUUUAUUUUUAUUUUCCCAGGAAUGUGUGUGGUUUCAGCAGUGCAGAAGAGAGUAUGGCAACAAGGUCACUGGACCACUAGGUUAAAGGUCAUUACAGCAGGUGCUUGUGCCUUCAUUGUUUUGGGAAGUUUUAUCUUUGGAUUAACUCUGUCUCAGUCCAUUAUAAAAGAUGAGCAUGGCGUCAAGGGAGAUAAGUCUCCUUACACUUGCUGAGAUAUAUAGAUGUGAAUUCCAAACUGUGAUAUGCAUUGAUUGUAUCCUUAUUAAUAUACAAAAGAUGAUAGAUAACACACUUCAUUGAGAGAAAUGAAUUCCAAGUGCCAAAUAUGUUUUUAUAGGCAUCUAACAGUGAAGAGAUUAAAAAAAAAAAAAAAAAAAGGAUAUGCUACGAAAAAUUACAUCUAAGAAAAACAUUCAUUAAAUUUUCAAGAAAGAGACAAGAUACUUUGGGGGGUUUCUUUAUGAAAAUCGAAAAAUUGUUGUUUAUGUUAAUGAAAGUGAAAAGGAAGACAACUUUAUAUCCACCUUUUCCUGAAAUAUUAUUAUUGUAUCUAAUAUACUUUUUAGUCUUUUUAAAACGGUAUGUGAUCAAAAGUUUAAUUGUCAAUGUUCCUCUGAAAAAAGUUGAAUCUACUUGAGAGAUACAGUAAAUAUAAAUACUUAUACAGUGCAUAUAUUGAAUUUUAGUAUUACUAUAUAUUAAGUAAAUGAAGAAUGUGUACAUGCAGUAAUGUGAAAUACCUGACCAAUAAUCAGUCAGAUACGUGUCAUUUAAAGUAUAAAAACUGUAACAAUAAGUUCUUAGCACCCAUAAAUAUACUUUGGACAAUCUGUUUUUUGACCUUACAUAUAGCUAAUGCUGUGAUGUCGCAAAUGAAUGUACAUAUUUGCAUUUAUUUGGGAACAUUUAGUGUAUUUUAAAUGACUUUCAAGUUCAUUACCUGUCCGGUAUGUGUAAUAUAUAUUUAUGCACAAUAUUUUAUACUGCGAACCAGGUUACUAUUUCCAUCCUUGUUUUUGGUGAUUUUCAUUAUAAAUACAGAACCUUUCAGCAAAGAACAGUUUAAAUUUAUAUGCUUUUUUAAAUCCAAAAUAUCUACUUUGGUAUGCCUUUUCCUUUUUUUCCUGAAUGAAAAUCCAUUAUUUAGCAUUAUACUUGUCUAUAGAUAUACGGUACCUUUGUAGAUAUAUAUUUAUUUGCAUGAGGGCUGUUUUUAAUGUUAAUGUAGUUAUGUAAAGGUGGGAUAUUUUAAAACCAAAAAACACAGUUAAAAACCCACCUCACAUUUACUUUUAUCAUAUAAACAUGUAAUCAUACUAAAAUAGUUUUCAUUUAAAAUGUAGUUUAUAUUAUACAAGUCAUAAACAUAGAUAUUUUCAUUUACAUGUAUGUACUUCAAAAACACAAAUCAUUCCAUGAACACAUAUAUAAACAUCUAGCAUCAUAUAAAAGUUAUAAAGUGAAAAUGAAAUAAAGUUCAAUAAAUUAGAGAAAAGAAA